AUGACGUUGACGAAACGUCCUUACCGGCUUUUGAUACUGUUCUUUUUCACUACUCUACUCCUCUCGGCCGCUGUAUCUGCAGCAGAAUGCAGCAAGACGAAACUCUGCGCAACUGGUUGCUGUAGUAGUGCAGGCUACUGCGGUACUACGAAGGACCAUAGCGGUAAAGGCUGUCUGAGCACUUGCGACUUCAAGCUCGAGUGCGACAAGAGCAACCCGUGCAAAGGCAAUGCAUGCUGUUCCAAGUAUGGCCAUUGUGGACUAGGUCCAGACUUUUGUGGAAAGGAUUGUGUGGCUGGCUGUGACGCCAAGGGUGAGUGUGAUCCGGGCGGUUUUGGCUCAAAGUUUGCCAACCAUACCAAGUGUCCACUCAACGUCUGCUGUUCGAAGCAUGGUUACUGCGGUACUACCAAGGAUUUCUGCGGAAAGAAGACCGUCAAUCGUCCAUCAUGCUCUGCAAAGGGCCCCAUGCGAAGAGUAGUCGGAUACAUCGAAGGGUGGGCUUCCACAAGGUCCUGCGACAGUUUCAGGCCCUCUAAUAUCCCCGACGGCGUCUACACUCAUAUCAACUUUGCCUUCGCCAGUAUCGACCCAAAGACCUUCCAGAUCGUACCAGCAUCCAGCAAAGAUCCAGCUUUAUACCGCGAAUUGACACGCAAGAAGAAGAUCGACCCCAAGUUGAAGGUCUUUAUCGCCAUUGGCGGUUGGGCCUUCAAUGACCCGGGCCCGACCGUUACAACCUUCUCUGACAUUGCACGUUCUGAUGCAAACCAGAGAACCUUCAUCAAGUCGCUCAUCUCGUUCAUGGCUACUUAUGGCUUUGAUGGUGUCGACAUUGACUGGGAAUACCCGGCUGCCGAUGAUCGCGAAGGACGAGAGGAAGACUUUGUUAAUCUUCCCAAGUUCCUGAGCAAUAUCAAGAGCGCCCUCAAGCAGAGUGGAGAGCGUAACGGCCUCAGCAUCGCAAUCCCUGCUUCCUACUGGUAUCUUCAGCACUUUGACCUUGAGAAGAUUUCCAAGUAUGUCGACCACUUCAACGUCAUGUCCUAUGACUUCCACGGUGCUUGGGAUACUCCCAAAUCAUGGCUUGGCAACCAUCUCAACUCUCAUACCAACUUGACUGAGAUCAAGGAGGCCUUCGAUCUGCUCUGGCGCAACGACGUCGACCCCGAUCAAGUCAACAUGGGACUCGCAUUCUAUGCACGCACGUUCACCGCAUCCAGUAGCAGCUGCAUGUCUCCAGGUUGUCUCUUUGAUGCAGGUGGCCCUGCGGAGCCUUGCACUGACGCAGUCGGUGUCAUGUCCAACCCUGAGAUCAUGCGCAAGCUGGGGGGCAAGAUUGGGUCAGGCGAUCUGGACAAGGCUGCCGCUAUCAAGACUCUCAAGUUUGGUACUACGUGGUUGACUUACGAUGAUGUCGAUACUUGGAAGCUCAAACUGGACUUUGCUCGCAGCCAGUGUCUUGGGGGAGCCAUGGUCUGGGCCAUCAGCCAAGACACUUCCGACGGGAAAUUCUCCAAGCAACUGCAGGAGGCUACGGGUUACAAGUCCAAGGGCGUCACGACAUUCAACAGCACCAAGUCUCUUGGAGGUGGUGUUUUUAUUGAGACCUCAGAGAGUGAAGCCAAUGCCGAUGUCAGCGACGAGCAAUGUCGAUGGACUAACUGCGGAGAGACAUGUCCGAGCAAAUGGAAAACAGUCCCAAGGCAAGAUCCCUACCGAACCAGCUCUAAGGAGAUCAUGAUGGACGGAACUGCCUGCAACGGCAAUGGGAUACGGACAUUCUGCUGCCCCCCUAAAGAACAGCCCUUUUGUCAGUGGCUUUUCCACAACAAUGGAGCCUGCACACCUGGUUGUCCAUACGAUGAUAUGGUUGAGGUGGCGUCAACUAAGCUUUCAUGCGAUCAUGGCAAAGCCCAGGUUGCCUGUUGUAGAGGCGACACCCCAGCUCUAGAUGUCUAUCGUCAGUACAAAUGGUACGGCAAGGAGUCUGAGUGCGCUGUCGACCAGGGCAAAAAGCAGUGCGGAUGGAGCAACACGUUCGAUACACAAUUCGUUUCGAGCUAUAGUGGUAGUGGAGGCCAAAAGUGCUUUAAAGGCAACGGGGAGAGGGGACAAAGGCCACUUUGCGAAAACACAAGAGACGAGACCAAGCCGCACUUCACUAAUUGCAUAUGGUCGGACGACUACUAUAUGAGCCGCAAGGAUACUGUCACGACGGGUACAUGCAACAGUAAUUGUCCUAAAGACAUGGUUAAGGUGACUCUGCAAUCCGAGAAUAACAACUGCAAUAAGGGUACUUCGGCCUACUGUUGCGACAUCACAGCCUCUUACGAUUUCACUGAUAUCAAAGAUGAUGAUCUUGAGGUGUCGUUCAAGAAAUGGGCUAAAGAACCGACAUGUCCCAACUUGGGUCCUCUCGCCGGGGAGAAGUUCUCAUCGCGCUCUCUGGGUAACCCAGCUUUUGAUGUUGGUGAGCAAUUGUCUGAACUGGUCGAGCGUGAUGAUGCUCUUGUGGCUGUGCCUUUUGGAAUUACCAUUGUAUUGGCAUUCCAAAGGAUUAUGACAUCUCCACCAAGCUCUCGCAACACCAGGGAUCUCCAGGACCUGGUCAAAACGUAUAUCACCCCGAAGUGGGCACAUAUCACUGUGGCCUAUAUCGCGGGAAUGUUAUGGGAGAUCAGAGACGAUGUCAAGACGACACUGAUAGCAGCCUGGAACUUCAUCUGCAAUAUUGAUGCAGAAGAGAAAGAAGCGAAACGGGUUGCAAACCUCCCAUCGAGCAACAGGUUCUGUCACAUACCGUCACUCAACACUUACGAUCCAGGAUCAUUGGAAGAUCCUCGCGGCAAGUCAAUUGCCACGGAGGUAUCUGGUCCUAUUGGCCCUAUUGGCGGUCCUGGUGACUUGAAGUUCCCGUUCAACGAGAUGAAAUGGUCAACAGAAUGGGUGAAAGACGACGCACUUGAAAAGAGGGCGAAAACAUAUGGUUCUCCGCGUCCUUUCACAGUUGAAUGUCGAGGUGGGAACCCCAAAUGGGUCAUAAAAUCCAUGCCGUAUCCUAGUGGAGAUAAUGGAGAUCACUUGGCAGAGAAAAACGGCGACGAGAAGAAGUAUUACGUCGACAAUCUGGGUAGCUGUGUUUCUGCUAUCGUGAUGGACAACGGCCAUAAUAAGGAUGGGAACAAAUAUAUAUCUGAGCACAUUUUGGAACUUCAGUCAGUCCCCAUGUUUAUGGAAUACACGAUGGGCGUCCAAAAGAGACUGCAAACCAAACUCAGCCGUUCUCGUCUUCCAAUCAAUGCCCCAUUCAACCCAGAUUCUUCGAGGCUUCUUCCUUGCUCCUUUUGGGUCAAUGAUUUCCAGUAUGGUUUCGCCGAGUGGAACAAGAAAUAUGGGACGACUACCCCAACGGCCGCUUUAUUCACAUUGCUCGGCUCAACCCAGAACAGUGAGCAUAUGGUAAAUACCGAAUCCAAGUUCAACGGGAAGAAAGGCCUGCUUUGGGAAUUUAAAGAGCCUGUCGGGGCGCCGACCUGGAAUGAUCUAUAUGCUGCCGUGGACGACGUGACAGUCUUACACGCUUUUGAGCAGUUAAUACUGGUUGAACAAGUCUUUCCUUAUCUCGCAAAGCCAGGUAUACAAGAUAAGCUCCUCGGUGCCCACCAAGAUGUGAUUGCUUUUCUGGACGAGUACGAGGAGCUGUAUCGAAAACAACAUCCCACGGCCGUUCAUAUGGGUCUUUCCGACAUGUGGCGUAACUUCAUGACCGAAUUGCUUACCAAGAUGAAGGAUUGGGCUGAAGAAUGGCUUGAGUAUCGAAUAAACAUAAUGGUGGCCGACUGGACGGCUGAGCACGCACGAAGGGAGGCGGUGGCGCGAGCAUACACAGCGGCGGGUCAUCCAAGCGCUCCGGGCGCGGCAGUGGCCGCCAACGCAGCAUUAAAAUACCUCACGGAUGCCCGGAAGCACUCGCAGCAAUACUCUAGUUUUGUUGCAUCCUUCGACCCCAGCAUCUUUCUGACAACACCCGAUGCUUAG